GGCCAGAUUUGAGGAUGCCUGGGCUACCUUCACCUCACGGUGUUUAGAAAAAAACUGAAGCUUCAUCCUGCUUUAUUAGUGAACCAAUUAAACUCAUUCUUUCACUUCGUACGCGUAAAAAUAUGAAACGAGUGUUCUGAUUGGUCGAGCGCCCGGUUUGCUAUCUGAAGAAGACAGCUCGGAGAGCCAUAUACACGCCUUCAAGUAACAGCUCUGUGGACGCUACAGUAACAUCAUUCAGACUUGAGCAAGCUGAAUUGGCAGAGCCAUGCAGGCCCAGGAUCUCAUCCGACACCUGCGGAUACCUGAGCUGGAUGACUUGAGGCAGUAUGUACGCAGCUUACCCACCAACACCCUCAUGGGCAUGGGCGCAUUCGCUGCCAUCACCACAUACUGGCUGGCCACUCGUCCCAAAGCACUUAAACCACCCUGUGACCUCGCCAUGCAGUCCGUGGAGGUACAGGGUAAUGGAUAUGCUCGUCGGUCUAUUCUUCAGGACAGCGACACAUGCAUGACAUACUACUACAAAGAUGCUCAGACAAUGUAUGAGUUUUUCUUACGAGGCCUACGAGUGUCAAAUAAUGGUCCUUGUUUGGGAUCACGUAAACCAGGCAAGCCAUAUAAAUGGCUGUCAUAUAAAGAGGUAGCAGACAGGGCAGAGUUUGCAGGUUCAGCAUUACUCCACAGAGGUCACAGUCAAACAGGAGACAAAUACAUUGGCAUAUUUGCACAGAACAGGCCAGAGUGGACGAUUUCAGAGAUGGCAUGUUACACAUAUUCACUGGUGGCAGUGCCGCUGUAUGAUACACUUGGUACAGAGGCCAUCAGCUAUAUCAUUGACAAAGCCACCAUCUCCACUGUGAUCUGUGACAUCGCUGAUAAGGCUCGUCUGGUCCUGGACUGUGUGUCUGGCCGGAAACACAGCAUCAAAACCAUAGUGAUCAUGGAGAACUUUGACAGUGAACUGACUGCACAAGCACAACAGAAAGGCAUUGAGAUCCUGAGCCUCAAGGAGCUGGAGGCUAUUGGCAAAGCGAACUACAAGACACCCAUUCCACCUAAACCAGAGGACCUGGCACUGAUUUGCUUCACAAGUGGAACUACAGGAAGUCCAAAGGGAGCUAUGCUCACACAUGGAAACGUUGUUUCCAAUUGUUCUGCUUUUAUUAAAGUUACAGAGGGGUUGCUGAAACCUAGUCCUCAAGAUGUUCUCAUCUCUUUCUUACCGCUAGCGCAUAUGUUUGAAAGAGUAGUAGAGGGUGUGCUUCUGGUCCACGGUGCCAGGAUUGGAUAUUUUCAGGGUGAUAUCCGUCUGUUGAUGGAUGAUUUGAAGACUCUUAAGCCCACUAUAUUCCCUGUAGUGCCCAGACUACUCAACCGCAUGUUUGAUAAGAUCUUUGGACAGGCAAACACUCCUCUCAAAAGAUGGCUUCUGGAUUUUGCCACCAGCAGGAAAGAAGCAGAGCUUAAAAGUGGAGUUGUGAGGAAGGAUAGCAUGUGGGAUAAACUGAUCUUCAGCAAAGUGCAGGCCAGUCUGGGUGGACACGUGAGGCUUAUGAUCACAGGAGCAGCUCCGGUCUCUCCCACCGUCCUCACCUUCCUGCGAGCAGCGCUGGGCUGCCAGUUUUAUGAGGGUUAUGGGCAGACAGAGUGUACCGCAGGCUGCACUAUGUCACUUCCUGGAGAUUGGACAGCAGGUCAUGUGGGAACACCACUGCCCUGUAGCUUCGUCAAGCUUGUGGAUGUGGCCGAGAUGAAUUAUUUUGCAGCAAAUGGAGAGGGAGAGGUGUGUGUGAAAGGACCAAAUGUGUUUCAAGGUUACCUGAAGGACCCAGAGCGAACCUCAGAAGCCAUAGAUAAAGACGGCUGGCUGCACACUGGAGAUGUCGGCAAAUGGCUUCCGAAUGGGACUCUGAAGAUUAUAGACAGGAAGAAACACAUCUUUAAGCUGGCCCAGGGUGAAUACAUCGCUCCAGAGAAGAUUGAGAACAUCUACAUCCGCAGUGACCCUGUGGCUCAGGUCUUUGUACAUGGAGACAGUCUGCAGGCUUGUUUAGUGGGCAUUGUGGUUCCUGAUCCAGAUUUUCUGCCUGCAUGGGCAAAGAAAAGAGGCAUUGAGGGCUCCUAUACUGAAAUGUGCAAAUGCAAGGAACUGAAAAAUGCCAUCCUAGAAGAUAUCAUUCGGCUAGGGAAAGAAGCUGGACUGAAGUCCUUUGAACAGGUGAGAGACAUUGCCCUGCACAUGGAAAUGUUCUCUGUUCAGAAUGGACUUCUCACACCAACACUGAAAGCAAAGAGAACUGAGCUGAGAAACCACUUCAGACAGCAGAUUGACCAGCUCUAUGCUAAAAUCAAAAUGUGAACCAAUAGAGAGAGAGAGAGCGAGAGACCCCGUCUACACUGAGAAUGACUGAACUGGAACAUACUUGCAACGUGGUGAUGAUUAUGAAGGAUGUGCUCCAGUUCUGUCACAGUGAGCGGGGGGAGAGAAGGACCACUGUGGCUGGUUCUCUUGUUAUUUCUACCACUUGGAGGUGCCACAGUCAUCUCAAAAGAGGUGAAGUACAGUCCUGCCAGCAAAAUACAUACCAAACAUUUCAUGAGCCCUGCUAUUCAUCUGUGACGACAAUUCAAGAAAACUGGAAGUGAACCACCCCAAUGCCUUAGGCCAGUGAAUGCCUUGAGUCUAAUAACCGAGAGCACACCUGCAAGAACAUAUAAAACAGAACAACAGACUGAGACAGCUAAUAUUCAUAUGCCACAAAGUGCUGACAGGUUUCUGAUUUGUAAAUCAUGUGCAAAUAUUUUCAUCAAAACUUAUUUAAAAUAUCCAUUUACAGAAGUUUAAUGGAAAUCGCUAUAUUUAUCAGUGUUUACUAUUUAAAUUUAUGGUCUUGAUUGUAAGUCACAAUGCUUUUGUUAUGGUAAACCAUGCGUUUAAAAUAUUUCAGGUCUUUUCCAUAUCUGAAUAAAUGAUUUCCACUGAAAUUGACAGUGAAAUGAUAUUGGUUCACACAAAUUGGUUCUUGUUGAUAUUCAGAUUUCACUAACAGUACUUUGAAAUCUCGGUACAUCUCAAAUGUGCCUCUCCUGGAGAUUAAAGCUUGUGUAUAUAGGUUAUCUAUUUAUGUUUGUACAUCUUUAUUGUAUUCUGGUUCAUGUAAAUUGUGCAAACAGUUAUUUGUAGCAUGUGGUUGUUGAAGAGAGAAAUAAACUGAUGGCGUUAUCUUUUAA